AGUCACACGUUUCUUGUUCAAUGUACAGAUUUUAACAUCUCAAAAUUACAAGUCUCGUGUGUUUAAUUCCCCACUAAAUCCUGUCCUUGCAGACGUUUAAAAUUUGACGUCACUUCUGAUUUAACAUUUGUUAAAUGUAACCACAAUGAAAUGCAGGUGCAAAUUUUUAGAUGUGGAAAUAGUUUUUUGAUUUUUUUGUAUGGGCCCUUGUAGGGAAAUCAUAACUACUGCAGUAUGCAGCCUGGGAUGAAAAUGAGCUUGACACUCAUAGGCGUUCUUAGUGUUGAGUGGAUUGGUAUAAGUAAUUAUUGAUACCAACUCAGUAUCAAUACUAGCACGGAGCAGACAUACUUUGAUUUCCUCCCCUCCUGUGUUGUGCCAUCUUCCAUGUGACUUAGCAGCAAGCAGACCACUGCCUGGAAUCUGCCCAGCCACCAGCACAAAUGCAUGUAUUUGCCGAAAUCCGGAUCAGCUCGCCAGAAUGGCUCAUAAAAACAAACCAACCUUGGUCUGACCAGAGUGGCAUGUUUUGUUUUUUUUUAACUUGGGGAUUGUUUGCAUACGAAUAACCAUACACACCCUCAUUCAUAUCGUCACUGAGUGGGAAUCGAUCCCACGCACAAGUCAGGCGAGCGUACCACUACGCCAUCAGCGACUCACUACUGAGAAAGGUCAAUUUCAGUUCGGUCAAGGUGGGGGAGGGCUGCUAAGUUUACUCGGGCUGAAUUGGGUCAGAUGUCCUCUCUCAGGUCCGCAGUCUUGAUUUAUAAAAAGGGCUGCUAAAGCGGGAUGCUUUACAGGGCGAUCAAUCAAGAACAUCUACGAUGUCUGGCAGAGGUAAGGGAGGCAAAGGUCUCGGAAAAGGAGGUGCUAAGCGUCACCGCAAAGUCCUUCGUGACAACAUCCAGGGAAUUACCAAGCCCGCCAUUCGCCGUCUCGCUCGCCGUGGCGGAGUAAAACGGAUUUCGGGACUCAUCUACGAGGAGACCCGCGGUGUACUCAAGGUCUUCUUGGAGAAUGUGAUCCGUGAUGCAGUCACAUAUACCGAGCACGCCAAAAGAAAGACCGUUACUGCGAUGGAUGUGGUGUACGCUCUCAAAAGACAAGGACGCACUCUCUAUGGCUUCGGCGGUUAAAGUGUUCACUCAGCAUACUAAACAGUCAAAGGUCCUUUUGAGGACCACCCACACCUCACCUUUGUGUUCGCGUUCCUAUCCAAGUUACCCAGAACAGGGUGAGAUAAGUGAUGUAUUGAUUAUAGAUACUUCGUGGCUCCAUUUGAAUGCCCGUAGUAUCUCAGAUGCUGUAAAUCACUUUAAGUCAACCUUACUCUGGUAUAAAAUCAAAAUGACCUAAUUUAGUACGUUCCUUUCACUGGUUGUUAUUAAAGCGUACACACUGUUUAAUAGUUUGGUGAUUACUCAAGUGGGCACCAAAUAACAUUUACGGUCAAACUGUGACGCAAAUGCCUCGAACGUAAUUGGUCACGUGACAUUAGCAGAACGAUUAAAGGCGCCGAAGCACCAUUUUGAAGCAGUGUCAUCCAAGGAUGUCUGAUGCAUUUGUUGAAAAAUUGAGCAGCACCAUUUUUUAAAAGCAGUUCAAAUGCACUUUAUGUAAUGUCUGUGUUUCCAAAGCUUUUUUGAACACAGUUAUCAAGGUUCGAUUGAGAACAGGAGGGGUGGCAACUUAUUUCGAACAACACACCAUCUGAUUCCGACAGAUGAAAGGUACACCACACAACAGGUUUAUCACAACACGCUACAAACAAAAUCAUGGCAUUGUUCGUCUUGGUGAAGGUUGAAUAUUUUCUGGUGCUCUUCAAUUGAAUUUACAAAGCGUUUAGUACGUUUAGUGAUGAACUUUUGCUGUUGUAUGUUGAGUCGUGUGUUAGUAACACAAAGUUUGUCCACAUGAACUUUAUGAAACACUUAAUAGCCCGAACCUGAGCAUAUAGACCUGGUUUACUGGAUUGUAUCCAUAUAAAGUGUUGUAACUAAACAAAGCCUCUCUGGGGAAACUUUACUGAAAGAGGACAAUACUUAAAUUAAAAAGCAAAUAAAGUGCUGGAAAUGAUACAAUUGGGGACAGCUUAACUUUCAGAGGAAGAAAAAAAUUAAACACGUGUAACU